AUGUCAGUAGAGGGCGUUGACAGCUUUGCCGUUGGGCUUUCUUCUACGGGCAGUAACUCGGACGCAGGACGGGAGAGAACACACGUGGCACAGGGCAACAGCAAGUACGUCUACUUCUUCGGGGACGGGGCCGCCGAGGGGCGCGCCGACAUGAAAGAGCUGCUCGGCGGCAAGGGAGCCAAUCUGGCCGAGAUGACCAGCCUGGGGAUCCCGGUACCGCCGGGGUUCACCCUCUCCACCGAGGUGUGCGCGGCGUUCUACGAGAACCGGCGCACCUACCCCGAGGGUCUCAAGGAAGAGGUGGCCGGGCACCUCCAGCGCCUGGAAACCCUGAUGGGCCGCACGCUCGGCGGGUCCCGCGAUCCGCUGCUGGUGAGCGUCCGCUCCGGGGCGGCGCAGUCCAUGCCGGGCAUGAUGGACACGGUGCUCAACCUCGGCCUCAACGACGCCGCGGUCGAAGGCUUGGCCGAGCAAUCCGGCAAUCCCCGCUUCGCCCGGGACGCGUAUCGGCGCUUCAUCCAGAUGUACGGCGACGUGGUGAUGGAGGUCCCGCACGGGGCGUUCGAGCACGCGUUGCAGGACGCGAAGAACCGCAAGGGGGUGACCGAGGACACCGACCUGGAUGAGUCCGACCUCGACCAGGUGAUCGCCGCCUACAAGGAGAUCUACUCCAACCACACCGGUGAGGCGUUCCCGCAGGUCCCGCUGGAUCAGCUCUGGGGCGCCAUCGACGCGGUGUUCGGCUCAUGGAACAACGAUCGCGCCAUCCGCUAUCGCCAGUUGAACGACAUCAAGGGCCUGCUCGGCACCGCCGUCAACGUGCAGUCGAUGGUGUUCGGCAACUCCGGUGAAGACUCCGGCACCGGCGUGUGCUUCACCCGCGAUCCGUCGACGGGAGAGAACGUGUUCUACGGCGAGUACCUCCAGAACGCGCAGGGCGAGGACGUGGUGGCCGGCAUCCGCACGCCGGAGCCGCUGACGGCGCUGCGCAGGCGCCAUCCGGAGGUAUACCGGCAGCUUGAAGAGGUGCGCACCGGCCUGGAGCGCCACUACCGGGACAUGCAGGACCUGGAGUUCACGGUCCAGCACGGCGACCUCUACCUGCUGCAGACCCGAUCCGGGAAGCGCACCGGCGCGGCGGCGGUGACGAUCGCCGUGGACAUGGUGAGCGAGGGGUUGAUCACCCGCCAGGAGGCGAUCGAGCGGGUCGAGCCGCAGCAGAUCGACCAGCUCCUGCACCCCGGCAUCGAUCCCGAUCGGCGCGGCGAGCUUGGCGAGCCGAUCGCCACCGGCCUCAACGCAUCCCCCGGCGCCGCGACCGGGCGCGCCGUAUUCACUGCCGACGAUGCCGAGGCGUGGACCGCCCGCGGGGAGCGCACGCUGCUGGUGCGGCGCGAGACAUCGCCGGAGGACAUCGGCGGCAUGGUCGCGGCGCAGGGCAUCCUGACGGCGACGGGAGGCAUGACCUCGCACGCUGCGGUGGUGGCGCGCGGCAUGGGGACUCCGUGCGUGGCCGGCUGCAUGGCGCUGGCCAUCACCGCCAAGACCGCCAGCGUCGGUUCGGUGCGAAUAGGCGAGGGCGACUGGGUGACGAUCGACGGCUCCACCGGCGAGGUGUUCCUGGGCGAAGCGCCGCUCACGGAACCCGAGAUCUCCGGUCCGCUGGCGCAAUUCCUCUCCUGGACCGACGAGGUGCGCACGCGCGUGCAGCUCCCCGGCCAGCCGCGCGGCUUCGGGGUCCGCACCAACGCCGAUCUGCCGCGCGACGCGCAUGCCGCCCGCGAGUUCGGCGCGGAAGGCAUCGGCCUGUGCCGCACCGAGCACAUGUUCUUCGACGAAGGCAAGCUGGCGAUCUUCCAGGAGAUGAUCGUGGCGGAGAACGCCGAGGCGCGCCAGCAGGCGCUCGACCGGCUCCUGCCGCUGCAGCGCGCGGACUUCCGCGGCAUCUUCCGGGCCAUGUCGGGCUUUCCGGUGACGGUGCGGCUGCUCGAUCCGCCGCUGCACGAGUUCGUGCCCCGCACAGCGCAGGACAUGAAGCAGCUCUCGGAGAAGACCGGCGUGCCGCUCGCGCGCCUGCAGGCGCGCAUCCACAGCCUGCACGAGCAGAACCCCAUGCUCGGCCAUCGCGGCUGCCGGCUCGGCAUCACCUAUCCGGAGAUCUACGCCAUGCAGGUGCAGGCCAUCAUGGAGGCGGCCUGCGCGGAGGCCGCCGACGGCGUCGAGGUGCUCCCCGAGAUCAUGAUCCCCCUGGUCGGCACCGAGGAAGAGUUGCGCCGGCUGCGCGAGAACGCGGAGGCGGUGGCGCAGGCGGUGCUGUCACGCUCCGAGCAGCACGUUCCGUACCAGAUCGGCACCAUGAUCGAGAUUCCGCGCGCGGCGCUGACCGCGGAUCGGAUCGCCCGGCACGCCGAUUUCUUCUCGUUCGGGACCAACGACCUCACGCAGCUCACGUUCGGCUACAGCCGGAUGACGCGGGAGUGUUCCUGCCGGAGUACGUCGCCCAGGGGAUUCUGGAGCACGAUCCGUUCCAGGUGA